AUGAAGAAGCUAAAAUUCUUUGGAAUUUUUCUUUUAUUCAUUUUAUUUGUGUAUUGUGUUCCCAAAGUUGAGGGAAAUACCGACGAUGAAACUGAGGUGAAUGAGGAAAAUAGCCAAGUUGAGGGAAAUACCGAUGACGAACCUGAGGCGAAUCAGGUAAUUAAUGAAGCUGGGGAAGGAUCGGGAACUCAAGAGGGAGGAAAUAAUCGGAAAUGGAAAAGUGCAACAAAUAGAAGAACUGUAAAGCGUCGCGAGAGGAAGCAAAAAUUAAAAGAAGCAAUUACGGCCAGUCAAGGAGGUAAAACUCAUUUUCUUCGAAUAAUUUUGUUUAAGAAUUUAAAUAUUUGGGGUUUCAAAAGAGCGGAUUUUCCGUAUUUUCCGUAUGUUGUAUAUAUGGGGGUCAGUGUGAUUUGA